CCCGGCACGUGACGCGGCACUGAGGGCGUCACGUGAAGCAGGCGCGCGCGGGCGGGGCAGGGCGCGGGGGCGCUCGGCGAGGACCAGAGUGCAGGCGCUGACCCGGCAAAACUCAGCCGGGCUGGACAGCCAUGCCCAAGUACUGCAGGGCUCCGAACUGCUCCAACACUGCCGGCCGACUGGGCGCGGACAACCGCCCCGUGAGCUUCUACAAGUUCCCGCUGAAGGAUGGUCCCCGGCUGCAGGCCUGGCUGCGGCGCAUGGGCCGUGAGCACUGGGUGCCCAGCUGUCACCAGCACUUGUGCAGCGAGCACUUCACGCCCUCCUGCUUCCAGUGGCGCUGGGGCGUGCGCUACCUGCGGCCUGAUGCGGUGCCCUCCAUCUUCUCCCGGGCGCCGCCCGCCAAGAGCCAGCGGGGUACCCGAAGCACCAAGAAGCGGGUUGUGCCGCCGCCUCCUCCUCCUCCGCAGGAGGCUACGCCCCAGCCCCCAGGCCGCGCCAUCCCUGCGUCUGGCCCAGUGCACCUAGUGGUGCUGGGCCCCGCAGCGGGGCCCCCGGAGGCUGCGGCCACCGUGCUCCUGCCCCCACCUCCCGCUUCGCCCACUCUCGUGGGGCCACGGCCUGACGUCCCCGCCCAGCAGGCCGGGGCCGGGCUGGGCGCGGCGCUGGGGGCGCUGCAGCGGCGCGUGCGGAGGCUGCAGCGGCGCCACCAGCGGCACCAGGCGCAGCUGCGGGCUCUGGAACAGCUGGCGCAGCAGCUGCUGGCGCGGGCGCGCCGGGGCCCGCAGCGCGUGGUGAGUGCCCAGCUCCCCGGACCUGAGGAAUCCCAAACCUUCACCAUCAUCUGUGGAGGGCCUGGCAUAGCCGUGGUCCUUGCCCAGGGCCCUGCACCUCCAACAGUGGAUGCCAAGCCUGAGCUCCUGGAUACUCGGACCCCCAGUGCAUAAGGAUAAUGUCAAGGGACAGAAGAUACAAGAUGGAAGAAGAGAGAUUCAUCACACAGGGGCUUGGCCAGCCCCACCACCCAUGCCUGGGGAGGAGCAAUGCCUCCCUCAAAGGCCUGGGCUCCAUGACCCUCCUCCUAGAGACCCCUUGAACCUUAGGGGUGACCUGGGCCCAAGUCUUCCAUCAGCCCCCAAUUCUCUGGGUACCAGGCCCCUUGACACCCCUAGCUCAAAUCUUUGCAGUCAGUAAAACACCUCAGGGCAGAACACGGGUUGGUUACUUGGGGAGGGUUGUACCUGGUAUCUGAAGAGCCCCUCUCACCUUUCCCCAAGGCUGGUGCUCAGCUGGGGGCACCGCAGUGAACAAGGAUGAACAGCAUCCCUGCCCUCCUGGUGCUCACCUUCUACCUGAGUGGG